AAUAAGGUGGCCACCGCCAUGUUUCAGAAUUAAAUAUGUCCAAUGCAUGAAAUGUAAUAUUGCUGUAUAGCAGUAUUUACACUACAUAAUUAUUGUCUUUGUUUUAAAGAAUACGUUUUGAUUGAUGAGACUACCGCGGGAGUUGUAUUUGCUGUAUUGUUUCCCAUACAGUAACAGUGUUACGCAAUGCACCAUGGGAGUGGACCACAGAAUGUGCAACGGCAACUUCAGAGAUCCAAGUCCACCACUGGAUCUGAAGCAGAAGAUCACCAGAAGCAGCAGACCAUGGCAGUUACUCAACAGCAGGCAACAGCCAACCAUCCACAAUCAACUGUGACCACGUUUGCAUCUGCAGCCAGCCCUUCAGGCCCCCAGUCCCCCAACUACCAGAUAAUAAUGAGCCGCAGCCCUGUCACAGGCCAGAACAUGAACAUCACCUUACAAAAUGUCAGUCAAAUGGUGACGGGCAACCAACAGAUCACCCUCACCCCGCUCCCCCUCCAGAACCCAGGCUCUCCCGGCUUCCAGCACACGGCCCCGCAGUGGAGGUUUGAGCCUGCCCCGUCCUAUAUCCAGGUCACCUCACCUCUGCCACAAUCCAUGCAGCCACAAAGUCCCACUCAGCACAGCCCAGUCCCCCUCCAGCGACCAGGGGCACCUGUAACAGGACUGGGUUUGUGUGGACAGAGCCCAACACGCUUUGUUGAUGCUGGCAUGCUUGUGAGACAAAUCAGUCUUGGCAGCCCACCUGGAAGUGGGCACUUUGUUUACCAAGAGGGGACAGGGCUGACGCAGCUAACUCCAACCACAGCUGGGCAGGUGCAGCUGGCCUCCCCAGGGGUGCCAGGCUCUGUGCGUGAACGCAGUCUGUCCCAGCCCCACUCACAGACGGGAGGCACCAUCCACCACCUCGGACCUCAGAGUCCUGUGGCCAGUGGGACUGUUUUGCCCACACUGGGGAGCCCAGGCCACAUAACCACCUCCAACCUCCCACCUCAAAUCAGCAGUAUCAUCCAGGGGCAGCUGGCGCGUCCCAUGAUAUUUGAGAAGACUUCACAGGGUAUGGUAACUGGAGUGGGGACAGCUGCCACAGUGUCUUUCAGUAUGCCCUCCACCAUUCCUCCCUCCAGCCCUUCCCUCAUUAACCCUCCCCAAGGCAUCCCCAAUACCCCUCUCACCCCUACCGGCAUGUGCUUGGGGUCCAUCAAGAAACAGAUACCCAAAAAGCUGGAGGAGAUUGCACCCUCAAACCCAGAAGUGGCCCAGCUGAGGAAGCAGUGUCUGGAGCACCACACUAAGAAGAUGGAGGGUCUGAAGGAAGUCUUCAAAGACUACCUGAUUGAGCUGUUCUUCCUGCAGCACCUCCAGGGGAACAUGAUGGACUAUUUGGCUUUCAAGAAGAAGCCCUGUGUCCCGCUUUUCACUUACCUGAGACAGAAUGACCUAGACCUUGAGGAGGAAGAGGAAGAGGAGGAGCAGUCUGAGGUCAUCAAUGAUGAGGUCAAGGUUGUAACUGGAAAGGAUGGACAGGCCGGAACACCAGUUGCCAUAGCUACACAGCUUCCACCCAAUGUUUCAGCAGCAUUCUCUUCCCAGCAGCAGUUCCAGGUGCACCAGGGAGCAGCUGGCAGCAUGACAAACUCAGGGGACAUGGAUGCCUUUAAGAGGCAACAGGCAAUGGCACAAGCAGGCGGGAUGCCCCCCAACCCGCAGACAGUCCAGAUCCCUGGGCAGAAGCAGAACCAGCCACAGUAUGACCCGUCCAAAGGGCCUCCGGUGCAGAACGCUGCCAGCCUGCACACUCCUCCCCCCCAGCUGCCAGGCCGCCUGCCCCAGGGCGCCCUCCCCAUGGCAGUCCUGCCCAUGGCUCUCUCUCAGCAGACCCUACUUGUGGAGAGCUCAGCCCAGGCCGCCAAUCAGCUCCAGGUGAAGGUGCAGGGGGCUGGCUCCAUCAUGGCUCCAGUCAACCCCCACACACAGCUCCAGGCCCAGCUCCAGCAGCAGAUGCAGUCUGGUCUUCACCUCCAAAUGCAGCCUCAGCAGCCCCAGCUCAUGCUGCAGCCAGCACAGGCCACUGUGGCCCUCACCCGUCCUGGAGCAGACUCCAACCAACCUGGCCAAAGAAUAAUGACCAACUCCCUGUCCAACCCCUCAAUGUCUCCUGCCCCCCUCAACGCCCCCAACUCACUCCCCUCCCCCCACACAAUUGGCCCCCUCCGCCCCUCUGGGUCCAACAUCAACCCUGCCACACAGUCCAAACUGGCUGGCCCCAACGGCACCUCCACAGUCAAAAUGGGAGGCUUUGGUCAGGGCUCGGGUAUGCAGUCAUCAGAAGGGAGUUCACAUGACAAACAAGCUGAACAGGCCAAACUGGAGAGCCAGGUGCACCAGCGUAUUUCUGAGCUGAGGAAAGAGGGCCAGUGGUCAGCCAGCAGGCUGCCCAAGCUCAUGGAGUCCUCUCGGCCCAAAUCCCACUGGGACUACCUACUGGAGGAGAUGCAGUGGAUGGCAGCUGACUUUGCCCAGGAGAGGAGGUGGAAGAUGGCUGCUGCCAAGAAGCUGGUUCGCACCUGUUCCCGUUACCAUGACGAGCAGAAGAAGAUGGAAGAGGGAUCCAAGAAAGAGGAAGAACUGCGUCUCCGUCACAUUGCUAGCACCAUCGCCAGAGAGGUGGAGUUCUUCUGGUCCAACAUUGAGCAGGUUGUGGAAAUUAAACUGCGUUUCCAGAUUUAUGAGAAAAGACUGAAAACGCUCAGCCUGCAGAGAGCAACGAGUAAAGGACAAGAUGUUAAACCUGCUCUGUCAAAUGCAGUGAAAGCUGAAAAAGAGGAGCCCAAUAUGUCAACAAGGAAGCGAAAGUCCAGCACUUCAUUGGCAGAAGAAGUUCAGGAUGAGGAGAGCACCAUAGAGGAGCAGGAAGCCAUGGAGGUGACAGCUGAUCAGAAGGCAGAGUUGGGAGAUCUGGCUAAAGAUGCUGAGAUGCCGCUGGAUGCUUUGAUGAAACAGUAUGCUGGUGCCUACGCUGACAACUUUGACUGGCCCCAGCCUUCCCCACAGAGUGAUGAGGAUGGCAGGGAUGAGACUGAAGAGAUGGCGUCCUCUCUGGACACCCCCCACGAGGCUGUAGUGAUAGACUCCCUGCUUAGUGUGGACCAGUAUCGAGGUUCUGAGAAGACCAGCCCCCCUGGUGCUGACGGGAAGCCCAAGAAGGACAUAGCAGAGGUGGCAGCCGCCACAGAACUCAUCCUACCCAAGGGCAGUGCCAGGACCACCACUUCUGGCCGCAGCCAGGCUCCUUUCCUGCUGCACGGAUCACUGCGUGAGUACCAGCAGAUCGGAGUGGACUGGCUAGCCAGUCUCCACAAGAAACACCUCAACGGCAUCUUAGCAGACGAGACCGGGCUGGGCAAGACUGUGCAGACUGUGGCCUACCUGGCACAUCUGGCCUGUCAAGAGGGCAUCUGGGGCCCCCAUCUGGUUGUGGUGAGGACGUGUAAGAUCCUGAGCUGGGAGAUGGAGUUUAAACGCUGGUGUCCCGGCCUCAAGAUCCUCCUCUACCUUGGCAACAGACAGGAACGCAGAGCAAAGAGAAUGUGGUGGGCGGAGACCAACAGCUUCCAUGUGUGUGUGACGUCCUACAAGCUGCUGCUGAAGGACCAGAGCCAUUUCCUGAGGAGGAGGUGGAAACACCUGGUCCUGGAUGAGGUGCAGCUCAUUAAGAACAUGUCAGAGAAACACUGGGAAACCAUCUUUGCGCUCAAGAGUCAGCAGAGGAUCCUCCUGAUCAACACUCCACUCCAGAACACACUGAAGGAGCUGUGGACCAUGAUCCACUUCCUCCUGCCAGGAAUCACCAGACCCUACACAGACUUCCCUGUCAAGCCAGGCACAGACCAGAACCAGGACUACUGCCACAAACUGGUCAUCCGCCUACACAGGAUGAUCCAACCCUUCAUCCUGAGGCGCUGUAAGAGGGAUGUGGAGAAGCAGCUUCCUAAGAAGUAUGAACACAUCCUCAAGUGUCGCCUUUCUAGCAGACAGAAGAGCAUGUAUGAAGAUAUCCUCACUCAGCCAGGAGCCCAGGAGGCAUUGAAGACUGGUCAUUUUGUGAGUGUGCUGCAGGUGCUGAUGCAGCUGCAGAGGAUCUGUAACCACCCAGACCUGGUAAACAUCAGGGAGACCAGCAGCUCCUACGUGUGUUCCUCUCUGCAGUACAACACCCCUUCCCUGGUGCUGGGAGCCCUGCAGGAGGACCAACGCACGAGCCUGGACCUGUCACUGUUCGACCUGAUCAGUAAUGAGAACAGACUGACGCGCUACGAGACGGAGGAGGUUCUACCCAAACUCAAAGUCACCCGUCAGCUGAUUGAGGAGAUCCACAGUGCCCCGGACCCACCGGCCAGACCAAAGCCCUGCAAGAUCAAACCCAUGAGGUUGUUCCAGCCAGUGCAGUAUGGCACUAAGCCAGAGGGCCGUCUGGUGCCCAUGACCAAUACUGUGGGUCAGCAGCGUCCUCCAGCCACCACUAUCACCCCGCACACCACCACCGCCACUACUACUUCUACUGCCCCUCAGCCAGCCAGGGCCACCACCACUACCACCACACAGGGUGGAGAUGUGUUGAAGAUAGCCCAGCUGGCGUCCAUAGCAGGCAGCCAGAACCGAAUCUCCCAGCCUGAGACCCCCGUCACUCUGCAGUUCCAGGGUAACAAGUUCACCCUGUCCCCUAGCCAGCUCCGACAGCUCACCACAGGGCAGCCCUUGCAGCUCCAAGGUACACUCGGCAACAUCCUGCAGAUAGUGUCGGCCCCUGGUCAGCAGAUCCUCCGGCCCCAGGGCUCCAUGGUCAUGCAGACGGUACCUCAGGCUGCACCUAUCUCCAACUCCUCCACCAGAUCUGGCACCCCACCCCCAGUCGGCCCCGCCCAACAAGCUUCAGUGAUGACAUCAAAUGCCUUUGGGGUGAGCGCCCAGCCUGCUCCUGCUGCUCCUAUUGCCCCUCAGGUGUCGUCAGAGGAGAGGGGUCGUCAUCUGAAGGAGCGUCUGAGCCGCCUGUUCAGUGCCAACGAGAGGCGUUGUGACCGCAGUGUUCUGUACGGGGCUGACCUGCGCCAGGUCUGCUCUGUGACCCCAGGGGCUCCUCACUCUGCCCUGAGCCCCGGGGGCUGGAGAUGGGUGGGCAGAGACAGCUGCCUCAGGGCCCAGAGGACUCCUGUGGCCACCACAACACACCUCCAGUCUGCCCUGCUCUCCUCCACAAACCGCCAGGAUGCCAGCAGCAGCCUAGUCAGCAGGUUAUCAUGUGUUGUCCCUGCCGCAGUAGCUCGUCCCCCUUACCUGUAUGCAGCCAAUCCCCCAGCUCCCUACAGCCUGGAGCAGAAGUCGAUCAGUCGCAGGCUCCAGGAGGCCGCCGCCCCCCACAGCACAGAGAUCCACAGCCUGGCCUCUGGACACCUGCUCCAGUUCCCUGACCUGCAGCUCAUGCAGAUGGACUCGGGUAAACUUGAGGCCCUGGCCAUUCUGCUCCAGAAGCUGAGGUCGGAGAAUCGCCGCGUCCUCAUCUUCACACAGAUGGUGAAGAUGCUGGACAUCCUGGAGGCCUUCCUGGACCACCGGCAGCUCACAUACAUCCGUGUUGACGAGAGCCUGAUCACAGAGGAACGCCAGGAACAUAUAAAGACGUUCAACAGGAACAGACAGGUGUUCUGCAGCAUCCUGACCAACCGCUGCUGCUCAGCCGUGGGGACCGUGUUCGACGCAGACACCAUCAUAUUCUACGACACAGACCUCAACCCCAGCAUGGACGCCCGCACCCAGGAGUGGUGCGACAAGAUCGGACGAUCCAAGGACAUCCACAUCUACAGACUGGAGAGCGGGAACUCCAUUGAAGAGAAGCUGCUAAAGAACGGCACAAAGGAUCUGAUCCGAGAGGUGGCUGCCCAAGGGACUGACUACACCCUGGCAUUCCUCACACAGCGGACCAUCCAGGACCUCUUUGAGGUGGAGGCUGGCUCAGGGGAGAAGGUUGAGGAGUUUGUGGUUCUGCACCAGGAGCCGUCUCCCUCUGAGGCCAUCUCUCCACGCGUGGCUAGGCCCUACAUCCAGGCACUCCACAGCAUCAGCCUGGAUGCCCUGCCACCAGAGCAGCAGGAGGAGGAGGACCUGGAGAAGGAGCUGCAGGUCAAAGAGGAGCCCUCUCAGCUGGAGGAGCUUAAUGCUGUAAUGGACCAGUUAACUCCAAUAGAAAAAUAUGCCCUGCAAUUCCUGGAGUAUCUUCAUGUCAGUGAAGAUGAACUUGUUGCCAAGGAGCGACUGUUGUGUGCGAAGAGAGGCUGGGAGAUGCAGCACCUCCAGAAACUGAAGGCUCAAGACGAGGAGAGGAUGAUCAUUGAGGAAGAGGAGGACCUGUUCACCUACACCAGAGAGGAUGCUUACAAUAUGGAGUAUGUGUUUGAUGGCGAAGAUGGCCAAUCGGAAAUCAUGCCGCUGUGGACUCCACCUACCCCACCGCAGGAUGACAACGACAUCUAUAUCGACUCUGUGAUCUGUCUGAUGUACGACUCUGCUCCCAUGCCUGAGUCCAAACUGCCUCCUGUCUACAUCCGCAAGGAGCACAAGAGACUCAAGAUGGACCCCUCAGCAGCUGGCAGGAAGAAGAAGAAGGGUCAUGGGGAGACGGUGAUUCCUCCUCGCUCCCUCUUCGAGAAGGCCAGCAUGCUCAAGGUCCGCCGCGAGGGCAAAGACCAAAAGAAGAACUUCUCCCUGAAGCAGCAGGCACCCUUCGCUAAGCCUCUGCCCUCGCUGGUCAAACCUGCCAUGGAGGCCGGACAGGACAACCCAGAGUGGCUUAUCAGUGAAGACUGGGCCCUGCUACAGGCUAUGAAACAGCUCCUGGAGCUCCCUCUGAAUCUAACCAUCGUUUCUCCGGCCCACACCCCCAACUGGGACCUGGUCAGCGACGUGGUCAACUCCUGCAGCCGUAUCUACCGCUCGCCCAAGCAGUGUCGCAACCGCUAUGAGAAUGUCAUCAUCCCCCGGGAGGAGGGCAAGUUGGUGUAUGAGGCGAAUCCUAAGAAGAAAACAAAGAGCAUAUACAAGUCUAAGAACAGCCGGCCGCUGCGCACCUGUCAGAUCUACACCCAGGAUGACAACGCUACACACAUCCAGCUCUACAACAGCCGCUUUGAGCUCAUGAAGAUCAUCGCCAGCAAGAGGAGUCCCCCCAUCAAACCCCUUCUGGGGAUGAACCCAUUCCAGAAGAACCCCAAACAUGCCUCCGUCCUGGCAGAAAGUGGGAUCAGCUACGACAAGCCCCUCCCUCCCAUUCAGGUGGCAUCUCAACGUGCUGAGAGGAUUGCCAAGGAGAAGAAGGCCCUAGCCGAGCAGCAGAGGGCUCAGCAGCUAGCUCAGCAGGCAGGAGCCCCCCAGGCCGUGGCCGGUGCUGCCCAACCCCAGGCUGGGGCUCCCGCUGCAGGCCAAGCCCAGGCCCCGGGGGUCCUCCAGGCCCCUGCAGCGGCUGGCGCUAUGGCUGUACCCAACACCGCUGUCCUGGCUGGAGCUAUAAAGAAUGCUGCUGUGGGAACAACCAUUCAAGCUGCCACCGUAGGGGGGAACCUGAUUGUGAACACAGUGGCUGGAGUUCCUCCAAGUCCGUUCCAGGCCAACAAACGGCUGGUAUCACCAGGUCAAGUCAUACCAGGAACCCUGUCUCCUGCCAGUGCAGUAGGUGCACAGGUGGUCCACUCCCAGCAGAGAGCCGUACCUGCCACUGCCGCCCCUGGGGAGGUGGUUGCCAUAGCUACGGGUCAGGGUGUCAGGGCUGUUACCCCGGUGACUGCCUCUGCGGUGGUGACCACCACUCUGACCCCAGUGCAGUCCCAGACCCGCUCCCUGGUCACACCAGCCACAGGCAUGCAGCUACCCCAGGGCAAGCCCAUCACCCAGGCCCACCUCCACAUGCUCCGACAGCAGCAGCUCCAGCAGCAACAACAGCAGGCUACCUCGCCACAAGGCAUCAAGGCUGUGGGAAAACCCCAGGAGCUUCUGAAGAUACACAAGCAGAAGCUGCAGAUGGCCCAGCAGCAGGCAGGAGCCGGCCAGCAGCCUGUCCAGGUGCAGCCAGCCGCAGCCCAGGCCAACCCCCAGCUUGCCGCUAUAGCUGCCGGUCCCAGAGCCGGAGCCGUGCUGGCUGGCACCACCGUAGCUAACUUGCAGGUGGCCAGACUGACACGGCUGCCCACCCAGGGUCAGAUCCAGGCCCAGCCAGGGCAGACAGCCCAGGUGACCCUCACCAAGCCCCCCGUGGUCUCUGUGCCCGCCGUGGUUUCUUCCGCUGGCGUCACCACCCUGCCCGUCACUAUGGCUGGCAUCAGUGUAGCCAUUGGACAGGCCCAGAAAACAGGUGGGCCAGUGUUGACGCCCCCGUUCCCCCAGAUGCAGAUGCUCCAGAUGAAGAAGCAGCAGGCAGCCGUGCAGGCUGCAGCAGCCCUGCAGAAAGCAGUGCAGCCACAGCCAGGACAAGCCUCUGUGCAGCAGAAGCUGGGCACCCAGCAGAUGACAGUACCGACUACCCAGCAGCAGAAGGUCACCUAUGCUGCCACCACCCAGCUACAGCCUAGCAUCAAGACCCAGUUCUUCACUGCUUCCAUCGCCCAGGCUGGGAAACCCACUGGGGCCCAGCAAAUCCAGGUGGCUAAGCUCCCCCAGAUAGUGCAGGGGCAAUCCACUGUGGCCAACAUCCAGCAGAUCGUAUCUCCACAGCAGAUUCAGCCCCAGACGGUGGCCCUGACCCAGACUACAUCCUCAGCCCAGCCCCAGGUCCAGAUGAUUCCAGCAGGCACAGCCACAGCCCAGGUGGUUCAGCAGAAGCUCCUCCAGCAGCAGGUGGUGACUGCAGCUGCCUCGCCUCAGAUACAGACCCCCCCUCCUCACAGCCUGGCCCAACAGGCCCCAGUUUCCACUGCAGCAGAGUCCCCAGUACAGCAGCAGCCAGCUAAGGGCCAGGCUCGCGGAGGGGCCAUGAGGGGCAAGACCCAGGCCAAGCCCAGCGGGGGCAGCAGCUAGGUGCCCACAGGACUAGUUAGAGCUCCCCUCUCAGCUAGGCUAAGCAGGACAUCUCAUCAGUGUAAAUGCACUCAGUGACUGAGGAGCAGUGUUAUGAAGAGAUCCAGCGUUAUGAAGGAGUGGUGGAGUCCAGUCUGAGGUGGCUGUGUUGAAUCUAACCUGGUUUAAGGAACUGCUCCAUGUAAAGGAAUUACAUGUCUUUUAAGAGUGUCAUCUAUCUUCAACACAGUUCUGUAACUGUCGGCUGUUUCCUUCGACUGUUUCAGAAGGUCUCCCCUGGAGGAAACCUCCCCCCUGGACCAACAUCUAAUAUAAGAUCAGAAAAGCAGAAAAAUAAUAUUCAUGCCUUUUUUAAAUUGAUGAAUAUGUUAAUGUUACUCCAUAGAUAUCCUGUGGCAAUGGGCUGGUGCAUAGCUCAUUUGGGGAAUGUCCAUUUGAAUAAUGUUUUGUGUAUUCAUACAUUGUCCCUGUCCGCCUUGACGAUAUUAUUCUCAUGCUUACCGUUUAUGAUGUCUAAUUUCAUAGUUGGUAGAUAUAGAAAACACCCUUCUCGUUAAAAAAAGGUAUCUUGAUAAAGUAAUGCAUAUGAAUGAGACUACAUCUCAGUAGUACAGGUGCAUUGCCUACCAGAAUGAUAAAGGUGGGAGGACUUCAGUCCUGUGAAAGUUAUUCACAGACAUCAAAGCCAUGAGUCAUUAGUGAAUGCAUUUCUACCUAUAGAAACACAUAACCUUGUUCAAUGUAUCAAUUUAACAUUGACAGAAGUGUCCCUAAAAGUUAGCUCCUUAAAUUGUUUGUAUAAGAGGGAGCUUGCCAGGUCCAAAACUGCCCCAAUCGUGAUUGUAUCACAGUUAUAACGACCACUGAAAACACACAUGAAAUCAUCUGAAUGUAACAUGUAGUUUUUUUUGUAACCUUCAGAUAUUUAAUGGAUAAUAAUGCAUGUUCCUUCAGUCGAUUAUGUUUAUGUAACAAAUACACUGUAAACAUGUACUUUAGUAUCUUGUGUUUUCUCAUAAAUAUGCUGUUUUUUUAUUGAUGUUGAAGAAAAAAAACUGUAAAUAACAAUGAAAAAGGAAAACAUUUGUACUUGUAAAGUAGUUGUGUUUUCAUUGGAUUUUUUCAGCUUAAUUGUAAUAAAGUGUUUUGUUUUUAUACACAA